ACCUCUACAGCAAGCUGGGCGACAGUGCGCGUUCCCGCGGACUCGCUAUAGAAAACAAAGCUGAGCGUCUUCCAUAUCAGCUCGGGCUGCAGACUCAAGGAAUAUCCGAAUGUAUUCUGGAUACAUCGCGCAGAAUAUGGAUCUACAGUGGGUGUAACAUCGUUGCAGACCGAGCCAUCUCGGCUGAGGUGACGGCAGGACCCUAGCGAGACCGACGAAAAUAACAUCUGUGUGUUUUUUUUCCUCGGGGUGCUUUGUCUUGUUCACCUAACGAUAGCAAACCAUCAUUUUCAUCUCAAUUGCAUGAAAUUCAGCUAGUAAUUACUAGCUGCCGCCGGGAUGUAUCAUCAUGUUGUCACCUAAAAGUAACUACUAAGACGUCGGAUUGUGAAGGAAAAGCAGAGACCCCUCGCUCCCCGGUCCCAGCGGGCUGACACCGGGACCUGAAUCUGUGUUAGCCACAGCCACGGAACCCACUGUUUUCGGCGAUAUGGCGGAGCAAGGCUACUCAUCCUGGGCAUACUCCCUAGUUGACUCCAGUCAGGUGUCCACCUUUCUGAUCUCCAUCCUUCUUAUCGUUUAUGGCAGCUUCAGGUCAUUAAACAUGGAUUGUGAGAACCAGGAGAAGGAUAAAGACGGUAACCCCACAGCAACAGGGUCUUUUAAUAACAGCAACACAAACAACAGCAUUCAGACUAUAGACUCGACGCAGGCCCUGUUUCUGCCAAUAGGAGCGUCUGUGUCUCUGCUAGUCAUGUUCUUCUUUUUCGAUUCGGUUCAAGUGGUCUUCACUAUCUGCACUGCAGUUCUUGCUACAAUUGCAUUUGCAUUCCUGUUGUUACCUAUGUGCCAGUAUCUGACUAGACCCUGCUCCCCGCAGAACAAGAUUUCAUUUGGUUGCUGUGGACGCUUCACCCUGGCUGAACUCUUGUCAUUCUCGCUCUCCGUGAUGUUGGUCCUCAUCUGGGUGUUGACCGGACACUGGCUCCUCAUGGACGCUUUAGCCAUGGGCUUGUGCGUCGCCAUGAUCGCUUUUGUUCGGCUUCCCAGUCUGAAGGUCUCCUGCCUGCUGCUGUCAGGACUGCUCAUUUAUGAUGUGUUCUGGGUGUUCUUCUCAGCGUACAUCUUCAACAGUAAUGUGAUGGUCAAAGUUGCCACUCAGCCUGCUGAAAAUCCCAUAGAUGUUCUCUCCAGGAAGCUACACCUAGGGCCCGGAAUGGGCCGCGACGUUCCCAGACUUUCCUUACCUGGCAAACUGGUCUUCCCAAGCUCCACAGGAAGCCACUUCUCCAUGUUGGGAAUCGGAGACAUCGUGAUGCCGGGGCUGCUUCUGUGCUUCGUCCUGCGCUACGAUAACUACAAGAAGCAAGCAACAGGGGAGGUCCCGGGGCCCGGUAACAUGUCCGGACGCAUGCAGCGCGUCUCGUAUUUCCACUGCACUCUCAUCGGAUACUUUGUGGGCCUGCUGACUGCCACUGUGGCCUCGAGGAUCCAUCGUGCUGCUCAGCCCGCUCUGCUCUACUUGGUUCCCUUCACCCUGCUGCCUCUGCUCACUAUGGCUUACCUGAAGGGGGAUUUGCGGCGAAUGUGGUCCGAGCCUUUCCACGCCAAGGCCAGCAGCUCUCGCUUCCUGGAGGUAUGAUGCAACCCGGGGAACGAACAACCAGCGCGGGGACGACUGCUGAUCUUUUCUUCUUAAUCAGAGGAAAGAAAAGAGGGCACACUCACCAUGAGGCCAUGUUGUCAUCACUUCAUGCUUUCCACCGAUCUGUGAAGAGAAAAAAAAAUCCCUCAGAAAGGACACCAGAGUGUGGAUCACAACGCCCAGACACAACUCAUCUUUGCUCCGUACAUCCUUCCCUGUUUCAUCUCCGCUUCCUCUUAGCCGUUUCUUUCCUGUCCAUUACGGCACAUCCUGCCUCUGCUGUUUUUGUGCUGCCCUCGUCUUUGUCUCCUUUCCUUUAUUCCCCUCCUCCGCCCAACCCUCCACUCAGCCUCCCUCUACAUGGCCAUUCUCAAAUUUUCCACCUCCUCUCUCUUCUGUCUUUUUUUUAAUUUUUAUUCUGGAUUCCUUUCUCUGUGAUGAACUAAAUGGACCAGGCCUCUCCCCCCUCCCACCCCCUUUUUUCGUGGACUUACAGUUGUGAGACAUGGCUGGGGUUUAUAUGUAUUUUUUUAGCAUUGUUGUGAUCAUUAUAAUUAAUGUUAAUAUUAUCAAAGAACUUUAACAAGCGGAGAAGAGUUGGGGAGUGUUGCACAGGAGCAGCAACACAGCCCAGAGUCAACCCUCUUCUUCAGUCUCCCUGUUUCAUCACCCCUUCCCCCCAAUGGCUCCCCCUGGUGCUCCUGCCCUCUUGCUACACUCCCUGUGUGCCCUGCCCCCCCUUUCCUCACCUUUACCCUUCCGUCUUCUGUUCAUCUGCUGUCCUUACCCAACAGAUAACUAUGUAUUUUAUUUAGAAAAGUUUUAUUCUUUGCAUAUACAGAAAUGAUGCAUUAAAAUUGUUGAGCUGCCUCCCCUCUCCACCAGUGUCGGGAGUCGGACGGGGUUGCUUUUAUUUGUAUAUAUGUGUACACAUGUAUUUGCGGUAUCAUGAGUUUGUGUUUGAGAGCAUGUUGAAGAGGGCGGUAAACUGAUGUCGAGCAGCAAGCCUGACUUCACUCAGAUUGGCGACGCGUGGAUCCAACUUUGUGCAAUAGAGAAACCCCGGAGAACUUCUGAGCAUCUCUCACUGGACGACAGUUUCCCGCUCUGAUCUUAAAAGUGCGUGUGUGUGUGUGCGUGAGUGCAGAAACACAUGAGCAAGCGGUUCUUUUACUCUGUUUUAAUUUGAAAUCAUGUUUAAAAUGACGACAAUAGUCAGGUUUGCAUUGAGCUGUGUGUUUUGAAUCAAAGGGUGUCAAGCACAUGAAACAUGUAAACGGUUUAUCUUGUAAAAACAGGGAAAAAAACAUAUGAGAAAAAAAUGUAGAAACUCCAGAGGUCAUUUUUCUUUUCAGUUUUCUGCAGACAGCAGAAAUGUAAACAGUGUUUUUGUUUUGUUUUGUUUAUUUUUUUCUUCCAAAUAAAUGAAUGUUAAAUAAGUUUUCCAGUCUUCUAUACCGCCUCACGCAUCGCUCUGGGUGUUAGGACUGUCGGCACUGCAGCUUUAACUUCUCUAUAAUUGCUGGGGUUUUGCAGGUGCAGAUCGGAAAACUCAUCUGAAUUUUGUAAAUGUCAGUGUUUAACCUCAGCCGAUGAAGACCCGACUAUUGUCAGAGUUUAAACUAAGCUUUUUUUCAUGAAGAUAAACGGGUUUGGAAGAUAUGCAUUGAGCAGAUGGAUGUUUUGGUCCAAAUAAUGCUAUCUGGGGAAUUGUUGAAGGGUGUGUUUGUGUUCGCUUGAUUUAAUCAUAAAGUUUGUCUGGACCUGUGGAAGACAGUUAUGAAUCAGCCAUGCCCCUCAGAGAUCAAACAUAAUUAACCCCGGAUAUUUUCCUGCUUUUAUUUGGUAUCUUAUUGUUUAUAAACCACCUUCAGUCUUGCUUUUGAUUAAAUAUCUUUGCACUGGAAACCGAAUAAAAGGCAGAAGUCUGCUGUGCUGGCUGCAAUCUUUGCAGUCUCUGGUAAAGAUGUUUUACAAAGUUUAAGGUAAAUCUUUCUAUUGCUGUAAUAUUUAACAUUUACUGCAGAUAAACCUCUAAUUUGGCUAAUUUAAUAUCGAGGGGUAGAUGAUACCCAAUCACCUCUUGCACAAUUAUUGGCAUUGUCUCUGCUAAUACUAUUUUAUGCAAACAGUAUUCCAGUUUUCUCUCACCGUUCAGAAGCAUAGUUUCUCUACAUCACCCAGAUCUUGGAAAUAUUGGCGAUAAUAAAAGAAAAGGGUACAUUCAAUUUAUGAACCAUAACUUUGUUGAUUUGAUCAUGUUUCUCAGCCAGAGACCCAUCUGAUUCUUUAUGAGGAGUUAUAAUGUGCGCUCUAACAAGGAUCCCCAGGAUUUUUGCUACAGAAGUGGACCCACAGCGUCACAGAUCCACUAACAUGCCUAUAAGUGAGCAUGAAGUGAUCUUCCAACUAUCACUUAUUUCACCCCAAACCCAUUUCAUCAAACCAUAAGUCAACAAUUAUUUUUGUGAUGUUCUGGAAUCACUCCCAAACGGCUAGCUUGUGUAAUAACUUGUUGCUAUGGAGACCCCAAGAAGGGACCCUCAGCUACAUUUCUCUCGCAUAAAGCUUUUGAGGUUUUAUUUUACUUACCUGAAAGAAAUAAGCCUCUGUGCCGCAUCAUAUUUAUUCUAAAGGGAAACAAAGUUCCUAGAGACGCUGAUUACAGUUAAAAAAUUAAUGGUUUUUUUUUUUCUUUCUAAUUUGUUAAAUUGAUCCAGUUACAUUUUUAAUGACUUAAUGUGACAUCAGCACUGGAUUACAUCCCUACUGAACUGGUGCACUCAAAAUGUAUACUUUUUUUUAAAGGUUUACCUAGAGGUUUUCCAUAAAUCUUUACCAGUGUUCCCAAUAAAUGUGGUUGGGCCUGAAUAGAUAAACCUGUCUUCAUUUUUAUGUUAUUUUUAGAAGCUAGCUCUCUGUGCAUGUUACGUGUCCAGCUGUACAGUGUAUUAUUUCCCCAGAUGAGGGCUACUGCAGAUGUGAGCCCUGGUACUGAACCGGUGGGCGUUCAUCAGCGGAGGAACAGACGCUGCAGGUGGGAGAAACUUUUUACCAGUCAGCUGUGACCUCCACUGAUCCUGAAGAUGAAGGCGUCGCGCUUUGGACACUGUGCAAAGCUCUGCCUCACCACUUAUGGACAUGGUGAGAAAAUACAUAGAUUUAUAUGAUUUAUAUGCAUAUAUACAUAUGUUUGUGUAUUUGCGUGUGUGUAUACAUAUAUAAAUUCUAGAUGAUGAUCAUGUUGAUAAUGUUUUUUAUAGAGGUUUUGUUUAGCCCCUUGUUUGUAUUUGUUUCCCUUUAAAACUUGAGUUGAGUUUCUUUCCGCCCUGCAGCCGAGGACUUGAUCUCUAUUUUCACCUGAAUUAUAAGGAGUGGAUUCUGUGUAGAAGAAAGGCGAAUAAACUAAAUGAAGAACUGUAUAGUGUACCAUGAGUCCAUGUCCUCCUCAUUCAGGAUUCUGCUGUAAAUAAACCCGACACUUAACUGUAAAA